CUCCUUAUUGGAACGAAGGCGGGGGGGAACACGCUAUAUCUGUCCUGCCUAAGCAGCCCGCAUCACCCAUGAAUUACACGAGAAAACGUAAGUUGGCCAGAUGAUCUGACUUCCUUCUUGCUUGAAUGUCGGUAACAUCUCGCCGGGUUCUAGGCGCUCUUCUCGCCUGCGACUUUUGCAGGCACCGGAAGCGACGUUGUGAUGGCCAGAGACCUUGCUCGACUUGUAGAGAUUCUAAUGCAGACUGUGUCUAUAAAGAGUUGCCUUACGACAGGAUCGAGGACGCUAGUCCGACGGCCGUUGUUGACCGCCUGGCCAGAAUCGAAGCUCUACUGGAACAGCAAAGUCAGCAACUUCAUCACCUCAGCUCGAGCUCGACUCCGACAUCUCUGCAGACGGCCCGGUCGGACUACUUCUCCACGCCUUCUUUCUCCCAACAGCAGGGUUAUCUAGGGCCGCUUGCGACGGUUCCGUUAGAGUUUCCCAGCGACAGCAUGCAGUUCCUCAUACCUAAGGGCCACACAACACUCGCCAGCACCUUACUUUCCGUGCCCAAGGUCCGCGACCUCCUCGGAGAGUACCCCAGGGAUUUCUUCCAUAACGUCGAAGAACGCCUACCGCUGCCGGGCGUACUUAAUGACCUGCAUCAAACACCAGUCUCUUGGCCUACACUACGACCGGCUGCACUCGGCACCCUGAUCCAAAGCUACUUUCGUAAUGCACACCCGCAUCAUCCCCUCUUUACACCAUCGGCUUUCAAAACAUGGCAGACAAAGCUAAACGACAAGACGGCAGCAGAAGACAUCGAGACCGCAAUGAGUCUCUGUGUAUGUGCUCUUGGGGCGAUAUCGUCCCACCCCGCCGAAGAAGAGAAGAAUGAUGAAGUACCCGGCCAGGAUUUCUUCAACCCGGCGCUGCGAAUCAUACUUCAUCACUACAACUGGAGUUUCAAACCAAAUUUACGGGUUUGCCAGGCGCUCAUACUGGCUUCGUCCUACUUUGCGCAUUUGGGACGGCCUCUGCACUCGUGGAGAAUGGGCUUCUAUGCGUGUCAGAAGUUUUUGCACUAUAUGGAAGUACGAAGACGCCAGUCCGAUUUUGUCGAGUAUAGUGAUGCCGAGUUGCGUGUCUUUUGGUUGUGUUUCAUGGUGGAAUGUAACAGAGCAGCCGAACUUGACACCCCAAGGAGUGGCAUAGAACCCAUGGGAGACAAGAUGCCUCUACCACACAGACUUGACCCCAGCGAUGAAGAGGAUACCAUCAACUUCGUCGCCGAGACAGCAAUACGACGAUUGCUCAACCGCAUCCACAGCUCGCUGUACAGUCCUGAAAACUCCGACAUGAGUUCUAGUGCGGCGACGCCGUCCGAUUCGGCCGUGAAGUGGCAAGGCCUCAGUCUUCAGAAGUUGCUAUCCCUCAGUUCAGAGCUCAAUCGCCAGUUGGAACAGUGGUACACAUCUAUCCCCGACGGCAUGCGACCUCCCAGGGAAACAGAGCCCAUAGCCACUGACCGAGGUCGAGUACUGAGGAUUCGCUACUACGCCGCUCGCCACAUCAUCCACCGGCCCUUUGUACUACACGCCGUGGUCCAACAGCAACAGGUUCCGCAAGCGGCCGGGUCCCCAAGUGCAACCCCGCAAGACCUAUGCACUGGACUACCGCAGGUGGUCAUCGAAAAGUGCGAAAUUUGCAUCGACUCCUGCGUGACGUACCUGUACAACGCUGUCGAGAUGCUGGACAAGAGGACACUGUAUCUUUGGUCCUUCUCGCAGAGUUGCAUGGCUUGCUUGAUAGUCUUGAUGAUGGCACAAGGCUGUGCUCCGCUACGCCAGUUCGUCCCUCCGAUGAAGCCCUUGCAGAACAUGGUACUCAACAAGUUGAGGAAAUGGGCCGUGAAAGGGUCCAGCAUUGAGGCUGAGGUGGUUAUAUUGGAACAUCUCGUCUUUGAUGACUCGCACUCAUCGUAACCUGACAUGGACGCUUACGGUAGAAGUUAGAGAUACCCCAUAAUUCCACGGUGAAAACAACGCACGGUCUCAAGGAGUUGAUGAAACACUCCAUAAUAUCCAUUACUCUGUUCACAUUAA